GCGCUGCAGAGUUGACACGUUCGGCCGGUAGACAGACCAGACAUAAGCGAACCUCGAUUCGGAGUAAUCUGGAGUAAUCGGGGAUUGUCCAUGAUCCGCCUGGACCUUGACAUUUAAUGCUGAUAAGAGAGGAGGAGGAGGAGGAGGGGAAGGAGAAGCAAACGGAGAAGGAAAACACUGGCACAUAUGUAUACGAUGCAAUAAGAUGUGAUUCGAUCAACGACGUCGCCUACAAACUUCCGGAUUUAGAUAAACAUUUCUGUCUAGCCCCUUGGAAAAACACUAUGUGCAAGAGCUGAAUAUACAAUUUAUUUACUCCUUUGACCGCCGAUAACGAGUCGCGCUGCGCGAGUCAUGAUAUGCGCGAGGUGUUUGGCGGCGUUUAAGAAUUGCUCACGGGAACUUUGAACGCAUACGACGGAAAUGGCAGAGGCACAGAGCGACAGCAUAUACGACUCAAUAAUCAUGUAUUACGAGGAACGGGCUAAAAAAUACCAAAUGUUUUUGCGUCAUCCCAACGUGCGCAACUGCAUCCUCCGAUUUAGGGAGCAGUUGGCCCACAAUCCGUUUCUGCAGGUGGCUACCUUCAUCGCGAUAGCGUCGCUGUUGACACCUAUCCUCCUGUUCAUCAUGUUUGCUAUUGUCAGCGCUGUAUUUAUAUUUAUUGGCUUUAUGAUGGUUCAAGUGACAGUAUUGGCUAUUGGCGCGAGUAUUCUAAGCUGCGUACUUUUCUGCAUCGCAAGUACUAUUAUAAUGGUAGGGUUAUUUAUCCUUUUCGUCUACUACACGUUAUAUUAUACGAACCAUGCGUUCAAUCUUUUGCUCUGCACUAAAACCUGAUUUACCUGAUGUAUAAAAAAAAAAAGGCUGUAUAUAUUCUUAAUAGAAUAAUAUAUUUCUUAACGGAAUAAACUUGCAAAAAGAAUAAAAAAAAUUUAACAAUAUUUAUUAUUACAAGACUUAGGAUAGCUUUAGAAUGUAGAAAAUCAUGUAGAAUACGUUAGAUGUAGAAUAUAGAAAAUCGAAUAUCAAAA